UCUUCAAAAUUAAACUCCCCCUAUUACUUUCAUUUCAUCUCUUCAACCCCAUACCCUAGUUUUUCUUCACCCCCAUCACCCUCCCUCCAUGGACCCCCAUCACCUCUCAAACCCUCCUCCUCAUCUCGAUCGCUCCGCCAUGGAUGACCACCAUAUCCUUCACCACGUUCAUGACCUUGAUUCUAUUUGGCCGUCGUUUUUGCCUUUUCAACUCUCUGAUCAUCACGAUCAACAACUCCCCACCUCCUCCACCCAUUUUCUGAUAGGCUACAGUACUCCGAGUUCUGGAACAGGUGAUGAUGAAGAAGAGCCAGAAGAAGAGUUAGGUGCGAUGAAGGAGAUGAUGUAUAAGAUUGCAGCAAUGCAGCCGGUGGACAUCGACCCUUCAACUAUUCGGAAGCCUAAGCGACGAAACGUGCGGAUUAGCGAUGACCCCCAAAGCAUCGCAGCUCGUCUUCGACGAGAGAGGAUUAGCGAAAAGAUUAGGAUUCUUCAAAGGCUCGUGCCUGGAGGGACAAAGAUGGACACAGCUUCAAUGUUGGAUGAAGCCAUUCGCUAUGUUAAGUUCUUGAAGAGACAAAUCCGGUUGCUACAGUCAAGUCAACCGCCGCAACAGCCAAGCACCAGCGGUGGAGCUGCCACCGCUGCCGGCGGAGGAGGGUGGCAUUUUCCAUUGAAUAAGGCUAAUGGUUCAACCUCUUCGUCCACUUCCAUGGAAAAUACUCCUACCAUUACACCAACAGGAUGGUGAGAUAAUUAAAUAUCUAAUUUUACUUAAAUAAUUACAUGGUAAUGAGUAAUUAUUACUAAUUAGUUAGAGCAGUGGUUAAAUUAAUAUGGUUGUAAUUGUACCUUAAAAAGAUUACUGAGUAUAAUUAAUUAAUUAAUUAAGUAUAUAUAUGGCAUCCAUUUGAAUAUAA